AUGCAAUUUUUAUUCACAUUUAUAUUUCUACUUAUACCAUUAGUAUAUUCAUUACCAGCAGCAUCACCUAAAUCAGGCACAGAUUUUGAUUUCAAUCAAGAAAUUGAAACCUUUGUGGAACAAGCAUUUAAUCAAGAUGAUCCUUCUCAAGCAGCAGCAGCAGCAGCUUCCUUUGAAGAAUUUUUAGUCAAUGUUUUCAAUUAUGAUCAAGCUGAUGGACAAGUUGAUGGUCAAGUUUUGAAAGUUUUUGAAAAACGUGAUGCUAAUACUGAACAAACCAUUGAAGGUAUUUUAAAAGCUGUUAAUAAUUCAGGGGUCAUUUGGACUUUAUUAGAUUCAGUUGCUGAUGAUCCUUCUCGUAUUGAAUAUAUUGGUAAUUUAACUAGUUCAUUUUUGAAAAAUUAUAAUAUCACAUUAAAUAUUGCUGAUUUACUUCUGGAAUCAAGUUCUUUAACGGAAAACUUGAAUAUAACUGGUCUUUUAUCAGCCGUGGAAAAUUCAGGAUUAAUUACUUCAUUAUUGGAUGGCAUUUUAUUGGAUGAAAAUUUUAGACCUCGUUUAGUUGAUUUAAUUGAUCGUCUUGUAUUAUCACAAAAGAAUGUUUUAUUAUAUAUUUUUGCUGGUGUUUUAUCCAAACGUGAUUUAAUGGCUGAUGGUGAAUUAGUUAAUGUAUUGCUUAAACGUGCCACUAGUAAUGAUGAUUCAUAUUCUGGUUCUUUGGGAAGUUUCCUUAAUAAUGCUGCAAGUACCGUUUUAUCAUCUUCAUUAGUUUCUAAUGCUGUUGCUGAUGUAUUAAAUGCUUUGAAUGAUACUGGUUUCUUGGUUUAUGCAACGAAAAGAUUCCUUUCAUCUGAUUCUUAUAUUAAUAUGACAGUGGCUUUAGUCAAUGAUAUUGUAUCAUCAUCAAGCGUUACCAUUGAUACUAGUGGAUUAAAUAUAACUGAAUUGAUUUCUGGUACUCUUGGUAAUCCAAAAGAAAUUGCUGCAUUGGUUGGAUCAUUAUUAUCGGGUGAUUCAUCUCAAACUUCACAACUUUCUAAUUAUUUGGGUAGAUAUUCUGGUGCCCUUAGUCAAAUUCUUCAAGAUUUAGAAAAGAAGGGAUUAUUUGCUGAAUUGAAUAGUUAUAUCUUUGGUGAUUCAACUACUAAAGCAUCUGCUACUGCUACUGCUACCGCCACCGCUACAUCUAGUGCUAAUGGUAAAAAUGUUGCCAAUAAUAACAAUAAAGAUGCUGCUACUAGUGGUAGUGCAACAAGUAAUAGUCUGACUUCAACUAACACUAAAAGUGCUUCUAAUGGUGCUGGUGCUGUUAUCUACACUGGUUCAAAUACCCAAACCACAUUCUUGAAGGCAUUGACUAUUUUAUUUGGUGGUGCUUUAUUGUUCUUGUAA